AAAAGGAGUUUUUUUUUUUUUAUCGGCUAGGUGCCGCAAGCUACCGCCCAUUAUAAACAAUACAGCCGUUAUUAUUUAUCCAUCCACCCACCUGUUCGUGGUUGUUCGUAGUUCCCAAGGUUCCCAAGGUUCGGAAAGCCAGAAAAAGUGCCUGGCACCGCGCACCGCUGGCUGGCACUCUUGGCACAGAGGCAACCAAGGCGCCUGAUCUUCCAGUGCUCAAAAUGGCGGACGAUCAAGAGCUGGCGCGGGUCGAAGCUCUGUGCCAGCGGCUCUACGAGGGAGUCGACACCUCGGAGCGUGCCCAGGCUGAAUCUCAGCUCUCGGAGUUCUGUUGCGGCUCUUCACCGGAUUGCUUGCAACGUUGCAGGCUACUACUCGACCGGUCGCAGAGUUCAUAUGCACAGCUUCUAGCAGCUACUACACUCAGCAAGUUGGUGUCAAAGAGCCCGGGUUCCUUGAGUCUACAGCAGCGGCUAGAAAUGCGCAACUACAUUCUGUCAUACCUAUGGCAGAGGCCCAAGGGGGCCUCGUACGUGACCCAAGCACUAGUUCAGCUUUUUGCCCGGCUCACCAAGCUGGGCUGGUUUGAUUCAGACAAAGAGGAGUUUGUUUUCCGGAAUGUCAUUCGCCAAGUGCAGUCGUUCCUGCAGGGUUCGGUCGAGUACUGCAUGGUGGGGGUGCAGCUGCUUUCACAGCUUACCUGUGAAAUGAACCAUGUCACCGAGGCGGAAGCCAACCGUAGUCUGACCAAGCAGCGUAAGAUUGCAUCCUCUUUCCGGGAUAGCCAACUGUAUGACAUUUUCCAACUGGCUUGCGACCUUCUUCGAAGAGCCCUGGAUUCAUGGAAAAGUCAGAUGAGCUUCAGUGACGACACGCAGCAACAACUGAUGAGUCAGCUUCUGCGGCUGGCCCACCACUGUUUGAGUUUCGACUUCAUUGGCACGAGUCCAGACGAGUCCUCGGACGACCUGUGCACAGUGCAGAUCCCGACGGGCUGGCGGCCGGCCUUCCUUGACUACAACACUCUGCAGCUUUUCUUCGACCUGUUCCACUCCCUGCCGGGCACUCUGAGCCCUCCGGUGCUUUCCUGCCUCGUGCAAAUUGCCUCAGUGCGCCGCUCGCUUUUCAACAAUGCCGAACGGGCCAAGUUCCUUUCCCAGCUGGUCACUGGUGUCAAGCAUGUCCUCGAGAACCCCCAGAGCUUGGCGGACCCAAACAGUUAUCACGAGUUCUGCCGCCUCUUGGCUAGGCUCAAGUCUAACUAUCAGCUCGGCGAACUGGUCAAGGUUGAAGCCUACCCCGAGACCAUUGCUCUCAUAGCAAAGUUCACUGUCACGAGUCUACAGAUGUGGCAGUUUGCACCCAACAGUGUACAUUACCUGCUGAGUUUAUGGCAGCGUAUGGUUGCUUCUGUGCCAUACGUGAAGGCCUCAGAGCCUCACCUGUUGGAUGCCUACACGCCCGAGGUGACGCGAGCCUACAUCACGUCACGUCUGGACUCUGUGGCCCAAGUCAUCAGGGAGGGCUUGGAGGACCCCCUGGACGACAUGGGCAUGGUGCAACAGCAGCUGGAUCAGCUGUCAACGAUUGGGCGCUGCGAAUAUGAGAAGACAUGCGCCCUCCUUGUGCAACUCCUGGACCAGUCUGCGCAGGCAUACCGCGAGGCCGGCAGCCAGGGUGUGGCUGCGCUCGACCUGGCCGUGCUCGAAGGGCAGCUGUCCUGGCUGGUGUACAUCAUUGGGGCGGCUGUGGGGGGACGAGCGUCCUUCUCCACGGCCGACGACCACGAUGCCAUGGACGGCGAGCUGGUGUGCAGGGUGCUCCAGCUGAUGCAGCUGAGGGACUCUCGCCUGCCCUUGGGCUCCUGCUCGGGCGAGAAGUUAGAGCUGGCUCUGCUGAGCUUUUUUGAGCAAUUCCGCAAGAUCUAUGUAGGAGACCAGGUGCCCAAGACGUCCAAGGUCUAUCGGCGAUUAUCUGAAGUCCUGGGCCUCUCGGAUGAUUCAAUGGUACUGAGCAUUUUUGUGCGCAAGAUAAUCACCAACCUCAGGUACUGGAGCUGCAGUGAGGCAAUUGUGAGCAAGACCCUGCAGCUGCUGAGUGACCUCAGUGUGGGCUACUCAUCCGUCCGUAAAUUGGUCAAGCUGGAAGAAGUGCAGUUUAUGCUCUCAAACCACACGAGUGAGCAUUUUCCCUUUUUGGGUCAUGGCACUGGCGGUAGGAGCCCUCGUGCAGCUACGACAACUGGUACAGGUCCUACUGGCUCCAGCCGGGGCAUGGACAUGCGGUGCCGGUCGACCUUCUACACGUCCCUGGGAAGGCUCCUCAUGGUGGACCUCGGAGAAGACGAAGAGCGCUUUGCCCAGUUCAUGCGCCCCCUCACCGUGGCCUUCGAGGCGAUUGGCAGCACCUUGGCAAACGCCGACUCGCCCCUCUUUAACGCGGACGAAGCCAAGAAGAUGCUUAUUGGAUUGGCACGGGAUCUUCGAGGCCUGGUGUUUGCCUUCAAUACCAAGACUAGUUACAUGAUGCUUUUUGAAUGGAUCUACCCAACCUACUUUCCAAUCCUGCAUCGAGCCCUCGAGCUUUGGUACCAUGACCCCUGUGUGAGCACGCCAGUGCUCAAGUUGGUUGCAGAGCUUGUUCAAAACCGAUCGCAAAGGCUGCAUUUUGAUGUCUCUUCGCCAAACGGCAUCCUUCUCUUCCGGGAGACUUCCAAGACUAUGGUUCUUUAUGGCACAUGCAUCUUGACGCUUGGCCAAAUUCCCAAGGACCAGGUGUACAAGCUCAAGCUGAAGGGCAUUGCCAUCUGCUUCAGCAUGCUCAAGAGUGCACUCUGUGGAGGCUACGUCAACCUGGGUGUUUUUUCGUUGUAUGGGGACACUGCACUGGAUGACGCCCUGGGAAUCUUUGUCAAGCUUCUGCUCUCCAUACCUCAGUCUGACUUGCUGGACUACCCCAAGUUGAGUCAGGCAUACUACGUUCUGCUGGAGUGCCUGGCACAGGACCACAUGCAUUUUCUGAGCAACCUGGAGCCACCAGUGUUCCUCUACAUUCUCUCCUCUGUCUCUGAAGGGCUCACAGCUUUGGACACAAUGGUGUGCACGGGGUGCUGUGCCACCCUGGACCACAUGGUGAGCUUCCUCUUCCGGCGCCUGUCCAAGGGCAGCUCUAAAGGCCCACCAGAGCCCUGCCUUCGUGUCCUGGAGCUACAUCCAGAAAUCCUGCAGCAGAUGCUGUCGACGAUCCUGAACAUCAUCAUGUUUGAGGACUGCCGCAACCAGUGGUCCAUGUCGAGGCCCCUGCUGGGCCUUAUCCUGCUCAACGAGGAAUACUUUGGCCAGCUGCGUCAAAGCCUGGUGGGCAGCCAGCCAGUAGACAAGCAAGCCACCAUGUCACAGUGGUUCGACUCGCUCAUGGACGGUAUUGAGCGCAACCUGCUCACCAAGAACAGGGACAGGUUCACCCAAAACUUGUCAGUCUUCCGGAGGGAUAUCAAUGACUCUCUGAAAGGUCCUGCCUCCUUGGAUAUGAUGACAUAGCACUGCAUCUUGUGAAGCUGCCUCUGUUGCUGCUUCGAAUGGUUUGAAUGGUGUUUGUUUUAGAGCCAGCUUUUCCGGUUUUUUUUUCCCCCUUUUUAACACAAGCUCCGACCUGUCCAAGCUUCUGUUGCUUUUGGGCUUGAGUGUCUGGCUUGUACAUUGAAUUGAAUGUACUGAGCUUUUUUGCUUCAAUAGUUUUGUCUUUGCAAAGGUCCUGAAGGAACUAAAUGACAUUUUUUUGUGGGAGAGAUUUUGGUCAUAGAUGUAUGCUGCUGCUGGCAUUGUUUAUAUGUGACAGUUCCUCUUGAUUGUGUACAUGAUUUUUGUUUUCUUUGGAAAAUGAAAGGGGAAAUGGAGCACUGGGACUGUAGGUUUCUCAUAUUGUGUUGAGAGUAUUUAAGUAUUCGCCUGAAAUGAAUGUGUAUAUAAAGGUUGCAUGUCGAGGUCGACAAAUGCUAGUGAGGUAUUUAUUUGAAUUGACCAGUUAUAACCCUCUUAAAGAGGCAUUAAAUUUGUGUAGUUCGGUUUUUGUUGCAAAAACUUUUCAUUCCAAGGAGCAUGUGCUGAUAUUUUUUUACUCAGAAGUGUACAUAAAAAUAAACUGAUGUAAAUAUU